GUUUUGUGCGCAGGGUGGCAGGUGUAGUGAUGAGGAGUGAAGCUCUGCGGAGUGGAAAGGGUGGCUCCGCACGGCAGUCYCGACAACAGCCCGCUCGCAGGGGCAUGGCAGCGGUCCCACCGCGCCGCACCCCACUCUGAGCCCUGUCGAGCCCCCGGGGCCAUUGCCAGUGCCAUCCAUUGCCAUGCCUCCCCAGGAGCUCCUGGAUUACGCGCCCGCCCUACGGAGACACAGCCCGCCCCGGGGCAGCGGCCCGGAGCUGGGCAUCAAGUGCGUGCUGGUGGGCGAUGGCGCCGUGGGCAAGACCAGCCUGGUGGUCAGCUACACCACCAACGGGUACCCCGACGAGUACCAGCCCACCGCCCUCGACACCUUCUCCGUGCAGGUCCUGGUGGAUGGAGCCCCAGUCCGGAUUCAGCUGUGGGACACUGCUGGACAGGAGGACUUUGACUGUUUGCGCUCUCUWUGUUACCCUGACACCGACGUCUUCCUUGUCUGCUUCAGUGUGGUAAACCCAAGCUCCUUCCAAAACAUAACAGAGAAAUGGAUCCCUGAGAUACGAACUCACAACCCCCGGGCACCAGUGCUGCUAGUGGGGACACAGGCAGACUUGCGGGACGAUGUCAAUGUCCUCAUCAGCCUGGAUCGCUACCAUGUGAAGCCUGUGCCCCGGCCUCAGGCAGAAGGUCUAGCUGACAAAAUCCGGGCUGAAGCCUACCUGGAAUGCUCAGCACUGACCCAGAAGAACCUUAAAGAAGUUUUUGACAUGGCCAUUGUCAGCGGUGUUGAGCACAAGGCACGUCAGGAAAAGAAGAUGACUGCCAAAGGCAUCAAGACUCUCUCUAAGUGCCGCUGGAAGAAGUUCUUUUGCUUUGUCUGAAGCUGCUUUGAGGGAGGGRAAAAGAAACACCCAGUGCCAGUAUUGGCUCUGCACCUUCUUGGAGUGACUGCUCCUAUGGCCCCAGCAAGGAGGGUAUGAUAAGCUGCUGGGCUUGGAAACCUGUCUCUUGCUGGGUACAGUAUCAGAUGCCUAGGAGACAUGAACUAGAUUCCCAUUGUGCUGAGAUGUGGAAUGGUCCAGACAGCUAUAAUAUCUGCUGGACAUAUCUGUAGUGUCCCAGACUAAUGGGAACUUUUAACACAUCAGGACUCAGUACCCGAGAACAGGCAGGYUCCUUACAUUGUUCAAAAUGACCAGUUUUCUGAUUGAAGGUCRCAUACUUUCAGAGUUCUGAUGCAGCAUAAUAAAUGUGAGGGAUUUUUGAAAUCAGCCUGUUUUGGCUGAUUUACAGGCGUGGCAGAGAGUAGGGCAGGAGCAGUUACAGGCAACUGCAAUGUGGUCAGGCAUGGGGUGCAGAGUUUGUAACAUGAAACUUGGGUUCCCCCUCUGAUUCUGUUUGCCAAAAUAGGUAGGAUUCACUUGGCUGUGAAAAAGCAGCACUCUUUCUUAAAGGGCCUUUACUGGGUGUACUGUUGAGAAGGUAUUUUAUUCUAAAGGCCAUUAGUGGGCUGAAGAGAAAUACGCUGGGGGCUACAGUAAUACUUUGAGCAAAUCCAUCUUUGAGAGGACUCUCUAGUCCACUGGCCAACAGUGUUACAGUCCUAUCCUAAGAGGUACUUGGGGACCGACUCUGAAAGGCCUUUUGUGUGUAGUGUUUUGAAUGAAAGAACAGAUGAGGAACAGUGAUGAGUGGGUCUGUCUAGCAGAGACAAAACUGUGUCAGGAAAGGGUUCAUAACACUACCAAGGAGUCAGAUGUAGAUGGAGACCCAUGCAUGUAAUGAAAGGAGAGAAGGAAGAAAAUAGAAAGGAAAGAGAUGGAAUGAAGAAA